CUGGACCCCACUCCGCACCCCAACCCCAACAAAGCACCCAUAAAUACUCUCCCCCUUCUCCCUCAAAGUCUCCUCGCUCAAUCAAGCCCGUCAAUGGCGACGAUGUCAACUCCAAAAACCCUAACCCUAAUCCUCCUCCUCAAUCUUCUCCUCCCCUCUCAAUCCGAGACAGUCUACGACCUCCUCCCAAGGUACGGACUCCCCCGCGGCCUCCUUCCCUCCGCCGUCAAAUCCUACUCCCUCUCCUCCAACGGCGAGUUCGUCGUCGAGCUAACCUCGACCUGCUACGUUCAUUUCUUAUCAAAUCUCGUCUACUACGAGAAAAAGAUCACUGGAAAAGUUUCGUACGGUCAGAUCACCGACAUCGAGGGAAUCCAAGCCAAGAAGCUCUUUUUAUGGACCUCCGUCACCAAAAUCGUCGCGCAUCCUGCUGAUGAAACCAUCGAGUUCUAUGUCGGGUUUUUGUCGGAGUCUCUGCAGGCGUCGGAGUUCGAGGAGGUGCCCGCGUGCAAAUCUAAGGUUGGAGGGUGCAGAGGAGUGGAUGGGGUUUUGAAGGAGGAGGCUCUGGCUGUUGCUGAGUGGUUUGAUUUUGCAAAGAAUCAUCUAUAUCAGCUGUACUACUCUGAUACUGGGUACUCAACAAAUGGCGGAAGAGAAGCAGUAGCUUAAAUUUGGUUUUUUCAUUUAUAACAUUGGUAUGA